UUCCUUUAUCAGCCUCAUCAAAAGAAAUAAAAGUAGGAAAUGAAGUUAAUAACACAUACAAAAUGGACCAGUCUUUAGAUUGCAUUCCAGUUAGGCAAUCACGAGGCGCCAACCUUGACAAGGCGAUACCAACGAAGGACCCUGCAUUUAUCAUGCACCAUACUAAUCAAACAAAUAUGCAUUACAAUUACACCAUUCCAGAAAUAUCUGCAAACUGUAAUAAUGGUGACAAUGCACAAAAUUUUAACAAAACUGAUACACACAAAAAUCAAGCAAGCAAGAGAGCUCACUCGUCGCCUUUUCAGAUACCAAUGGAAGAAUCUGGUGCUUCUGUUGACAAUGAAACUGAAAACUCUCUCAGUAUUUCUAAAAUUGCAGAUUACCUAGGAAAACAAUCAAAUGUAAGCAUAUCUGGAAUGCUUCAGUUUAAUAAUCAGAAAAAACAGACAAACAAGAAACAGCCUCUCAAAGAAUUACAAAUGAAUGUUCAAAACAAUUGGGAAAAUAACGACGAAUUUGCAGUUACCAAUUUAAGAGAUACCAAACAAAUGGAAUCGGCUGGCUCCGCUGGUACUAUCAGCACUGUGAUCGAAAGAAACCUUGAUAAGUUGAAAAUAAGUCAGGAGAAAAGAGACAUCCCGACCGUCAUCGUCACUCGGAAUUCAUUAAGCAAUAAUGAGUGUGACAAUAUAGAAAAUAAAAGCAGUGCUGGCAGAUCCAAAUCUCCAUCAAGUAAAAGUCAAUCUACUUUUAGCACCGUAAAAGAAAAUUUUACUAGUUUUAAAUCCAAUGAUAGUCCACUACAAAACAGCAAAGGCGAGGUUAACUUGACACACAUUCCUUCCCCAAAUGUUGAGUAUAAAGAGUUAGAUAAAUCAGUAGAUUGGCAAGAAUUAUUACAACAGAAACAGGAGAGCUUGGCUAAAGAACAAUGGGUGGAGAUCAGAUCAGCAAAUGUUAAUGGAUUUGUUGGGGUUAGCACUGCUGUUACAAUAGCAAUCACGACGCUUGCCGACAGUUGGCUAACAGCUAAAUUUCAGUUCAGUAGUUUACCCAAUGAAGGUAGAGAUCUAACCAUCGAACUACCACGGCAACCACUGCUACUCUCACCAGGAAAAACAGAACAAUUCACACUGUACAUUACAUCGAAUGUUGAAAUUAAUACAACUCUAUUAUUUACUUUGUUCUUGAAGGAUGCGUCUAUCGACGGUGACAUUCAACAAAAUGGCGAAUUGGAGAUAAACUUUAAAAUGCCCACAAUACAGGCCCUUUCCUGUGAUGGCAUGAAUAAAAUAUUAUUUCCUCCUAUACAAGAAAAGUCCACCUACACAAAGUCCUUAAUUAUCAUAAGUGACUGUCCUGUCGAUUUGCAAUUAGAUUUAUCGAUCAUCGAAAGCGACAGUAUGUUCACAAUAAAGAAUGUUCAAGAAAUUCGCAAGCAUGAUGUCAGCAAGGCUUUGAUGGACCGUCAGAACUUUACUGACGAAGAUCAUCAUAAGAUUGGAAAGCCAAAGGGAAAGGUUUUGAACAAACAGUUAUGUAGACUUACUAGUGGUAAUGCAAUUAAAGUCUCCAUCAUGUUUACAGCUCCUAAACUAUCUGAAUUGGAUCUAACAGAAACUACAACAUCUUAUAGGGCUGCACUAAAUGUAAACCUAAUGGGUGUUAAAUCUGUAUUGAAGAAAGUAGAUUUGUUAGGUGUUGUUGGUUCAGCCAAUCUGGUAGUUGAAAUAUCUACGCACAAGCUUUAUAUUACUAAUGAACCCACAACCAUAAUUUUAAGAAACUCUGGUUCCAUACCAGGAAGUUGGUUAGUUAAAUUAAAAGCAAUUUCGAAUGAGAACGUAGUGCCAUUUCAAAUAUCAUCACAAAAAUUAGAAAUAUGUCCUGGAGGUGAAAAGGAAUUAAACAUUUUAUAUACAGGGCCCCCAGAUGAGGUGAACGAAGCCGUAUUAAUACUGGAAGAUGAUGUUACCGGUAAAAAGAACACCAUAGACAUUAGCGGUGGAAUGGAAAAGCCUAGAACUUUCCCAAUAAAAACUAACUAUAUCACUAUGUCUUGGGUACGGACCGGUAGAAAGGAGCUCAGCUUGAGAAAUUCAACAAACAAGAAGAUUCAGAUACGAUGUCAGAUAAUCGGCGAAGGGUUUUCCAUAGACCUACCUGGGGUUGAGUCCAGAGGAAUUUACUGUGUUGCCUUUGGACCUCAUGACUGCCGAACGCUGCCAAUAGUCUUUGCACCCAACUCCACUGCUCCGCAUGUUGCUGCUUUACAUUUGGUGUUCGACAAAAACAGUGACUUCUCUAGAAAGGUGAAACUGUUUGGGUGCAGCAACGACGAGUGCGUUCGCUGGAGCGGGCUGGUGACGUACGGCGACACUGCACUGUUGCGCGCCGCCACGCGCGCGCCUCUAUCGCUCCCGCUCUACAACAAGCACAACGUGCCGGCCUUCGUCGCCGCGACCGUGCACUUCAACUUGCAGUACCGUUGGUGCGCGGAAGGGUCGCAGCUAGAAGGCGCGCGGCACGUGGUGUCCGCGCGUUCGCGGCACGCGCUACGGCUGCGCUUGGACUGGGCGCGUGUGGAGAGCCGCGCGCGCGCACUCGCCGCCAGCGCGCUCGCCGCGCUCACCGUGCUCACCGGGCCCGAGCUCACGCGCCGCAGGAUACUGAGAAUUAUAAGAAAUAAAUCAACUGGAGAGCUGGAUACUUCUCUAUUACCAGAUCAUCUGAAAAUUCUAGCAGAAGACUUUGAAGGUCAAGAAAUUGUCUCUGAUGAAUGCUUAAAGGACUUUGAGGAAACAACAUCAAACUUGAACGAGCUCAUAGAAAGUCUGCAAGAACUAAAUGCUCAAAUUGACUUACCUCAAGAUUUUGCAGACGAGAAUACCAUUAUAAUAAGCGACGACACUGUACUAGAGCAUCAUACACUUUGUGAAUGA